UGAACAAGAUUCUAUGACCGUUUUGACAUUUGUCGGCUUUGACUAGUAUCCUUUCGAACCACGGUACACUAACAACAUGGCUUCGACAUCAAGGUCAGAGGACGAACUCGGACAUAAAUGGGAUCGUUGUCUCUCAGAUACGGGCAUUAAGAUAGCAAGUGGUCUUGGCCUUGGAAUUGUGUUUUCAGUCGUGUUCUUUCGCCGUCGUCCAUGGCCAGUGGCAUUUGGAGCAGGAGUUGGACUUGGAAUGGGAUAUGCAAAUUGUCAGAAUGACUUCCAGAGACCAUUCCGACUUGGUGGCAAGCUUGUUAAAGUUAGUUCUGGUUCAUGAAGCCAACAGCAGCUGAGUUGAAAAGAUAUAAAGCAGAGCAGAUAAUUCAACAGAACAUGUGGACUGAAUUUAUAUUAAUUGUUGAGUGUAACUUUGUAAGCUUAGGUUUUGUAGCCAUAUAACACAGGAGGUAUUUUGUACAAUAAUUGACCUCUGUCACUGAUUGUGGCGUGACCUGUGUAAAGCAUGAAAAUAAAAAUGUGUUACAAUACAA